GUCAAUGCCAUCUGUGCCAACUUGUCGACCCAGUGCAGUCAGGUGGCGAAUUGUGCAAUUUUUUGCAAAAAAAAAUUGCUCCAAAGAAUUUUUGUUUAGUUUAUCAUUGUUUUAACGCUAAAAGGUUGAUUUGCUUUUAUAGAAGUUUUGAACAUCGAAAACUCAUCACAAAUUAAUCGGAUUCUUUAAUAGUGUCAGUCAUUCCAAACAUUAAAAAACCAGUGAAAAGUUGUGCAACAAGUAUUUUCGCGAUUUUGUUUUCAAGUAAUACUAGUGAAUAGGCCUUUUAAAUUAUGUCUAGCUAUCGAAAUAAUCGAGGUGGUUAUUAUUAUUCUGCAGAUAAUCGUAGCGCUAACUGGAGCAGUAAUUCUGCUCAAGACAUCCAUGUCCAUUCUAGCCGAGGAAAUUCAUCUGAAAAUUAUCCUUCUCAGGGAACCUCACAAGGGGCAGUAAGAAGACAGCCAUACAACAGGCCAGAAUAUGGUUAUCACCAGCCAGACAGACCUGAAAAUUGCUCUGAUUUACAGCCAGAUGCUCCAGAAUUCUAUCCAUCUGGAGGAUCAGAGAAUACAGGAGCUGUAAGAAAGAGGUAUAGAGACAAAAAUACAUAUGACAAUAAUUGGCGCUCUUCAAAAUCAAAUUUUAAGUCACAAAGUUACAAUAGUAAACCAUCCUACAAAAGAAAUAACUUUCAAAAUGCAUCUUCUAGCAAAAACCAAAAUUUCAACUAUCAAGAGACUUUAGAUGAAAGUUGUAGAGACUCAAACAGUAUGGGGGAUGUACAGUGUGAAAGAAGAUAUGAGAACACUCAUCAUAAUAAUGGAUAUAGAAGCAAAUAUGGUAACUAUCAACAAAACUAUGAAUUUAGCAACAACUAUGGCAGGUCUUACUCUAAUGGGUAUAAAAAACAUCAAAAGAAAACCUUUCCAGUAAGUACCAAAACUAAUAGAGGUUAUAAUGCAUCUAACCCUAACUCUUCAGAGAGAAAAGCCAAUAAUUCUGUUGGCAAAGAGAAUCUUUUAAAAAGAAAUCUCUCCACUGCAGAUCAGAGAGAAAGGUUAACAGAAAUGAUUGAUGGAAACCUUUUAGAGUGCAUGGUAUGCUGUGAAAAAAUCAAAAGAGCUGAUAAGGUGUGGGCUUGCACCCAAUGUUAUCAUAUUAUUCACAUGAAAUGCACUGUGGCAUGGGCAGAGUCGUCAAAAGUAGAAGACAAUUGGCGCUGUCCUGCAUGCCAAAAUAUUUAUGCGGAAGUUCCAAGUCAGUAUUUGUGUUUUUGUGGAAAAGUCACAGAUCCAAAACAGGACCCCAACAUUAUACCUCAUGGGUGCGACAAUAUGUGCUUAAGAAAAGGAAAAAAUUGUGAACAUAAAUGUAGCAUUUUGUGUCACCCAGGGCCUUGCCCUGAAUGCACCAUUAUGGUUUCAAAGCCUUGCGGAUGUGGAGCCACCAGCCAGAUGGUUAAAUGCUGUACAGAUCUUAAUUUAACUUGUGAUUCAGUGUGUAACAAACUUUUAAACUGUGGUUUGCACAGGUGUGUUGCCUCCUGCCAUAUUGGACCUUGUUUACCAUGUGAAGAGAUGAUUAUUCAGGAAUGUUUCUGUGGCAAAACUAGCAGAAAAAUUCAAUGUAAUGAGGAAAAUGUUGGAAAAACACAUUUCAUAUGUGAUAAUAUAUGUAAUAAAUUGCUGCUCUGUGGUAAUCACAAAUGUCAAAAACAGUGCCAUCCAGAAGAAUGUGAUAUUUGUGAAACAGACAUUGACAUUAUUAAAUCCUGUUAUUGUGGUAAAACUGCAUUGAAAAAUCCAAGAACUUCAUGUCUUGAUCCCAUUCCCUGUUGUGAUAACAUAUGUGGUAAGCAACUUAUAUGUGGACCCCCCAGCAAUCCUCAUCUGUGUAGGGUCAAAUGCCAUGCAGGCAAAUGCCCUCCCUGUCCAUCAACAACAUUGAUUCGAUGCCGUUGCGGCCAUAUGGAUAAAGAAAUAGCAUGUCUGAAACUUACAAGCAAAGCAGAUGAUCAAAGAUGUGACAAAAAAUGCACAAAAAAACGUCUUUGUGGAAAGCACACCUGUAAGCAAAAAUGCUGCAUUGAAAUUGAGCAUAUAUGUCCACUGCCAUGUAACAAACUACUCACUUGUGGCCUUCAUAGAUGUGAUCUCACAUGUCAUUCAGGACGCUGCCCUCCUUGCAUUGAAACCAGUUUUGAAGAAAUGUUUUGUGAGUGUGGGGCCAGUGUUCUUUAUCCACCCAUUCCAUGUGGAACAAAACCACCUCUUUGCCAGAAACCUUGUUCCAAGCCCCGCCCAUGUGGACACCCACCGAAUCAUGAAUGCCAUCCUGGUACCUGUCCUCCAUGCUAUGUGCUAACUAAACAGUGGUGUUUUGGCAAACAUGAACAAAGAUCAUGCAUUCCCUGCAAUCAACAUAGCUUCAGUUGUGGCUUGCCUUGUGGAAAACCAAUGCCAUGUGGUAGACACAAAUGUGUCAAACCAUGUCAUGAUGAUGAUUGUCCAGUGCCUUGUACCCAGCCAUGUACCACUCCAAGGAUGCUGUGUGGCCAUCCUUGCAAUAAACCUUGUCACAAUCCCCCUUGCCCGGAAAGUAACUGCAGACAAUUGGUUCCAGUAACUUGCUUGUGUGGUUUGCGGAAAAGCACCAAAGUAUGUCUGGACUUAACUGAUGAAUUCAGGAAUAUUGAAAUGUCUCAGUUAAAAGAAAAAAUGACUUAUCUCUCAUGCAAUCAGAGCAUAGAUUUAACAGACACAACAGUAAAAAAACCAUCAGUUCUAAAAAUCCUCGAUUGCAAUGAUGAAUGUAAAGUGGUUGAAAGAAACAGAAGGUUGGCCAUUGGGCUGCAGAUUCAGAACCCUGACUUAAGCCAGAAACUUACACCGAGGUAUUCAGAGUUACUGAAGCAAUGGGCCAAAAAGGACCCAAAGUUUUGCCAAAGGGUCCAUGAUAAACUCACAGAACUAGUACAGCUUUCUAAACAGAGCAAACAGAAGAGUCGAGCCUUUUCGUUUGAGUCUAUGAACCGCGAUAAGCGCCAGUUUAUCCAUGAAUACUGCGAAUAUUUUGGGGUGGAAAGUGCCGCUUAUGAUGCAGAACCAAAUAGAAAUGUUGUUGCAACAGCAAUUAAGGACAAGUCCUGGUUACCUAGCAUGAGUCUUUUAGAGGUGCUUCAAAGGGAAAACGGACAAAGGAAAGUGCCCGGUCCCAUUUUAUGUAAUAGUUCCUCCCACCAUUCUGAGACUGUGUCCUUAAGGCUGCCUUCAAGUUCAAAAAGAAUUGAGUAAAAACCAUAAUAUAUAUCAAAUUAAAAUCAUAUAUGUAUAACUUCAUCAUAUGUGAUGAAUGUGGUAAUUUGAAUAUAAGUUGUAAUUGCAAAUAUGGGAUUUAAUCAUUUAAAGGUGUGCUUAAGACAAUAAAAAAUGAGUACAUUUAAGGAUUAGUUAUGUUUUAUACAAUUGUUUUGCCUUAUAAAUUAUACUAUGUGUUGGAUGCAAUAAGGGAUAUUUAAUAUGUAAUAUUAGUUUGACAGAGUGGUUUAAAUUUGAAAUGCAUAUAUUUACAAACAAAAUUGAUAAAGAUCAUUACUUAUGACAUCAUUAAGGAGCAGUGCUGAUUAUAAAGUGUUUCCUUAACAUGUUGUCACAUAAAUUUAGUACAAAGAUUUCUAAGUUAAACCAAGAUAAAAUUCUGUUCUUAAGCACUUUAUUAGCAAAAUAUGGUUGUUUACUAUUAUUUUUUUCCACUAAUAGUACAAGUUAAGUAUAUUUACAUUUUGAUGAGAAAACAGUGUUUAAAAUUGAUCUUUUUAUUCAAAUGAUUCUUCAUAGUUGCUCAAACAUGACUCUGCUUGGUAAUGUUAAUUAUUUUACUAAACAAAUUUUUGGUUUUAGUUUAUAAUUAAUCAAGCUCACAAUAGCUCAAGAGUUGUAUAGAACCAUCAGAAAAUGCCCUGUAUGUUGUCAGCCUUGUUAUACAUUUAAACAGAAUUUUUUUUGUGUGUUUAGUGUUGGAAAUCCUUGACAUUCAAUCACUCUGUAUAUCUAAUAAUGUUUUCCUAUUUGUCCAUAUUUCCACUUUAGGCAGGUAUUACAACAUUUCCAUAAUUCUGGCUAAUGUAGUAAAUAUAGACAAAAAGAAACAAAGUUUGUUUUUGCAGAUAAAAGAUGUUUUGUUGAAAUUAAUUUCUUUUAUAAGAUAAAAAAAGCUUGGACUACAAAAUUAUGGCUGAUACUUUUAAAUUUCAAUGAGCUCAAAUUAAUAUAUCACUAAACCAUAAUUAUGUGGUUUCAAGCUAAGAUUGCUUUUUUAUAAUAUGGAGUUGUAGAUACCCAGAAAGAGUCAUUUCCGCAAAAGAAAUGUGCACAUUUUGCGAAUGUUAUAUUGUUAAGUAAUGUAGCAGAUCUUUUGAUUAUUUUAUUGGGACUUUAUAGUUUGCACUUAGGUAUCAGUCAAAUAUAUUGUUAAGGCAAAGGGGUGAAAACUAAUUAUUGGGAAGGUUUUUUUUAGAAUUACUUUUAAGCGCUUUCAUUUCAUAGUGUUAAGUAUUUGUAUACUUUAUAAAUAAAAAGUUGUUUCAUUA